AUGUUGAGAUCAAUUGUGGUAAAGGUCGAGUCAAACCCCACAGACGCUCAGGACACUGUGUGUGACAGUAAUCACACCUUGAAUCAGGAUGAAUCUACUGAUCAAACCUCCACAGAGUCUCUGGAUUCUGUCUGUAACGCUGGAGAACAGCAGAUCCUGAACACCAGACCACUGAACAUGUGUUCUGUCACACUGAUGGAUUGCAGGAAACUGAUGGAGAUGAAAACACAAACCACAGAAGAAGAAGAAGAACAAGAACAACAUAACACUGAUGGAGAUAAAGAUGAUGAUGAUUUUAUUCCUUCAGUUCUAGAUGAGAGCGGUGAUUCAUGUGGUGAUGGAGAAACGGCCUCUACAUCAAAACAGCGACUGACAGCACAAACUCUUUCCUGCAUCACCUGUGGAAAGACAUUCAGUUCACAGAGACGUUUAGAGACACAUGAGAGAAAACACACAGAACAGAAACUCUUCACCUGCACCAGAUGUGACAUCAGCUUUCCUACCUUACAAGAGAAGAAACUUCAUUCACAAGAGCACAGAGACGAGAAACACUUUCACUGUCAGCAGUGUGGGAGAGCUUGUAUCUCGUCUUCUAGUCUGAAGAUUCACAUGAUGUCACACACUGAUGAAAAACCUUUCCACUGCAGUGAAUGUGACAAAUAUUUCAGGUCCAAAUCAAAUCUUGUUGAUCAUAAUAGAAUUCACACGGGAGAAAAACCGCACAAGUGUCCUCACUGUGACAAGAGAUUUAACCAUUCAUCUCAUGUUAAGAUACACGUGCGUGUCCACACCAAUGAGAGACCGUAUCAGUGCAGUGAAUGUGGAAAAACCUUUACAGGAUCAAGUUCUUUAAAGUCGCACCAAAAAACACAUUCUGAGGAGAAACUCUAUCAGUGUUCACACUGUGAUAAAUGUUUCCGUCAUAAAUCUAAUCUGAUAACUCAUGAGAGAACUCACACUGGAGAGAAACCUUAUCUCUGCUCUCACUGUGGAAAGAGAUUUUCUCAUCCACAUCAUUUCAGAGAUCAUCAGAGAGUUCAUACUGGAGAAAAACCUCAUCACUGCAGUGUUUGUGAGAAGAGUUUCAAGCGUCACAGCAAUUUAGUGAAUCAUCAGAGAAUUCAUUCAGGUGAAAGACUUUAUAAAUGUUCUCAGUGUGACAAGACGUUUGGUCGACCAGACGUCCUGAGAACCCAUGAGAGAGUUCACACUGGAGAGAAACCUUAUCAAUGCUCCAUCUGUGGAGAGAGAUUCACUUAUUUAGGAAGUUUUAAUUCUCAUCAGAAGAAACAUGCUGAAGAACAAACUGCACUGGAAUCAUCAUAUCAGCUGUCAUCCGAUUUGACGCAUUACUGCCACCUUCUGUUUGAGCUUCGCCCAAAGAAAGACAAACAUCAAGCGCUGCGUGCUUACAUCACUUUGAUUUUCACGUGCUUUCUGUGUGUAUUUCGUCAUCAAACCUCCACAGAGUCUCUGGAUUCUGUCUGUAACGCUGGAGAACAGCAGAUCCUGAACACCAGACCACUGAAAAUGUGUUCUGUCACACUGAUGGACUGCAGGAAACUGAUGGAGAUGAAAACAGAACUCACAGUAAAGGAAGAACAGACUGAUGAAGAUGAGAAUCAUGAUGAUUUUGUUCCUUCAGGCAAACUGGAGAGUGAUGAGAACCUGGAGAUAAAAACAGAAGAAACAUCAGACAAAGAUCAGACUGGUGAAGAUGAGAAUGAUGGUGGUGAUGGUUUUACUCCUUCGGAUGAGAGCGGUGAUUCAUGUGGUGAUGAAGAAACGGCCUCUACAUCAAAACAGCGACUGACAGCACAAACUCUUUCCUGCAUCACCUGUGGAAAGACAUUCAGUUCACAGAGACGUUUAGAGACACAUGAGAGAAAACACACAGAACAGAAACUCUUCACCUGCACCAGAUGUGACAUCAGCUUUCCUACCUUACAAGAGAAGAAACUUCAUGCACAAGAGCACAGAGACGAGAAACACUUUGACUGUCAGCUGUGUGGCAGGAGUUUUAGCUCGUCUUCUAAUCUAAAGAUUCACACGAGGACACACAGUGAUGAAAAACCUUUCCACUGCAGUGAAUGUGGCAAGUGUUUCAGAACCAAAGGAAAUCUUGUUCUUCAUCAGAGAGUUCACACGGGAGAAAAACCGUACAAGUGUCCUCAGUGUGAGAAGAGAUUCAGCCAUUCAUCUCAUGUUAAGAUACACGUGCGUGUCCACACUAAUGAGAGACCGUAUCAGUGCAGUGAAUGUGGACAAGCCUAUAAGAGGUCAUAUGAUCUAAAGUUACACCUAAAACAACACACUAAGAAGCAACUCUAUCAGUGUUCACGCUGUGAUAAACGUUUCUGUCAGAAAUCUAAUCUGAUAACUCAUGAGAGAACUCACACCGGUGAAGAACCUUACGUCUGCUCUCAGUGUGGAAAGAGCUUUACUGAUCGAAGUACUUUUAUAAUUCAUAAGAGAAUUCACACUGGAGAAGAACCUUAUGACUGCAGUCUUUGUGGGAAGAGUUUUAAUUGUCAGCACAAUUGUUUAAAACAUCAGAGAACUUAAAGGUGCAGUUUGUAACAAUUUUGCAGUAAAAUAUCCAAAAAGCACUAGGCUAGUGUUAUAUAUUUUGUUCACCUGAGUUAAAGGUUUCCAACUACUUUUAAAUCGUGAGAAAAUUGGCUUUCUAAACAGUGACCAGCGGCUAUGCAGUCACCUGUCUAUGGCAUUAAAUGCACAUGACCAUUUGUUACCAACUUUACUGACAUAGAAACCGAGAACAACAGUGACAACAGUGUCGUGGACAAAUGCGGAAGUGGUGUCUAGCAAGCCACUAGCUUGUUUCAAGCAGUCACUUAACAUCCUGAACGUCUGUGAUGUGUUCAUAAGUUUAGUUCUGAGAACUUUCGGCAUGAUUGAGUAUCACCUUGACUUCUUCAGCAUCUUCAGCUGUUCUGACCUCCUCAUGGAGCCCGUUUUUAAUUCUGUAAAGAUCUAAAUGAUGUCAUGUACUUAUGUCAAGAGUGCCAUCUUCUGGACAUUCUUGACAUUGAUUCAUAUGCAGCCUUGUGACAAAAGCUGUUCUAUGUUUGCCGGCCAAUCUUGGU